AUGGGAAAAAAUUUCAAUAUCUCCAAAUAGCUGGUUUAUAUCCUGAUAUCAACUGCUGUCGUUGGAGAAAUAGCCUCCAUUAUUAGAUUCUGCUUCAUUUCUAAAAGCUAACCCGUUGUUGGAACUUCUGAAGGUAAUUUAAAAUAAUUCUAAAUAGGAUGGUUUGGCAUUAUGAAAGACACUUCCGAUCAUUAAUGGAACGCUUAUCAGUAGAAUCUUUAAACGAUCCUUCUUUUUUAAUUUUUUUGUCUGUUAGGAUCAUUUUUAAUUAAAAAAAUCUCGAAUAAUCAAACUUAACUUAAAAAUCUAUAAUACUUCAACAUCACAAUAGGUUUGAUUUUCAGUUUUGUGGCAAUGAGUUUUGGAGUUAUCUUCUAAUUUGCAGUUUUGAUGAUUUUCUAUAUUUUACAAAAGUAUUUAAUUAAUUUUAAAUACUUUGUUUUAUCCCUAUGGGCAUUUGUUAUGGUAUUUUUGUAUCUCAACGAAACACUUAAUGGAUUCAAUUAAAAAAUGAUUUCUCCUCACUUAGAAAUACUUGAUUAAAUCUAAGAGGAAUAAUAAUAAAUUUAAUGGCACCGUCUCUUCAACUUAGUUUUAUUGAGAAUCAUAAGUUUUUCCCUUGAUCACUAUUGGGCAGUCUAAGAAACAAGAGAGUAUUAUAUUUAAUCGAAUUUAGAAAUUAAAUUAAAUCAAUACCACCCAAGACUUCUGGAUAAGAGUAUCGAGACUUAGUAAAGUAAAACUAGGAUAUAUCUGAAUACAAUUUUCUUGGGUACCUUGCAUACAUAUAUUAUACUCCUUUAUUUAUUACAGGACCUACGAUUACAUUUAAUGCAUUCAACGCUUAAUUAAAAUAGAGAAGUAAUUUAUUAUGUACUUCGUGUGUAUGUAUUGAAUUUGUUAACAUUUGAAAUAUUUCUGCACAUCUGUUAUCCUAAUGCUAUAUCAAAUAUAAAAGAGAAUGCUCAUAUUUGGUAAUCUUUAUCAUUUUAUGAUUUUCAUGUUAUGUCAUUUGUUAAUUUAAUUUUCAUAUGGUAUAAAUUUAUGAUUAUCUGGCGAAUAUCGAGAGCCUGGGCUUUGAUUGACGGGAUAGAAGUACCUGAGAAUAUGAGCAGAUGCAUCUAUAAUAAUUACAACUUUAGUGGAUUUUGGAGAUCAUGGCAUAGAAGCUUUAACUAAUGGUUAAUUCGAUACUUGUAUAUACCUUUGGGCGGUUCACAUUACAAAGCAUUAAACAUUUGGGUUGUUUUCUUGUUUGUUGCAUUCUGGCAUGAUUUCAAGAGUGAUUUAUUCUUUUGGGCCUUUAUCAUUUGCUUGGCCUUAUUACCAGAGAUGGCUGCAAUGUACUUUUUUAACAGAGAACAAUAUUAUAAAUUUUGGUGGUUCAAAUAUUUAACUGCAAUAGCGGCAGGAUUCUAGAUUGAAGUCAUGAGUCUAGCAAAUUUUAUUGGAUUUGGGUAAGGAAAAGAUUGUCUGAAUCAUAUUUAUUAAAAAUAUUUCAAUUUAGAUUGUAUGAUCAUUUUUAUCUUGGUGGCCAUUUUUAGAAACGGUAGUGGUGUUAUUUUAGGAUUGUACGUUAGAUAAAAAGAAGAAGAAACAUAAAAAGUUAAGAAAUAUUGA